AUGCCCCUUAUAUCAGAGGAGUUCGCAGAGAAAUACCAGGAGUAUAGACUUGUGAGUGUCCCUGAAACUGUGUAUUAUAUUCCAAACUUCUUAACAAAAGAUGACGUUGUGAUGCUCUUGGAAAAGGUUUAUAAUGUGCCAAAACCAAAAUGGAAGAAUCUUAAUAAUAGGAGAUUACAGAAUUGGGGCGGUCUUCCACAUCCUAAAGGAAUGGUGCUGGAAUCUCUCCCACCAUGGCUGCAAACCCACUGUACCAAACUUGAAAAAGAAGGUCUCUUCUCUGGAACCCACAUAAACCACGUACUGGUAAAUGAGUACAAACCUGGACAAGGAAUCAUGGCUCACGUGGACGGUCCCCUCUUCACACCUCUCAUCGCCACCCUCAACUUAGGGAGUAGCUGUCUCCUUAAAUUCCAGACCAGAGAUUCAGACACUGAUCAUCUUAAGGAUGAGUUCUCCUUGUUCUUGGAGGAGGGCAGUGUCCUGGUACAGACAGGCGAGGUGUAUGAGAGGUUUCUGCAUGGAAUUGAGGAAGUUGAGGAAGAUUUGGUGUCGGAAGAUGUAGCGAAUUUGGGAUUGUGCCAUGGAGUUUCUGUGGGGGAUGUUGUGAAAAGAGGGACGCGAGUUUCUUUGACUAUCAGAAGCGUUCCAAAAGUGGUUAAAUUUAAACUUAGGCUGUGA